AUGUCAAAGACCAGGAACUACGCGCAAAUUCUCAUUGGAUCUUGGUUGUUCUUAACAGCGAUGGCUAUUCAUUUAAGUCUUUGGGUAGCACCACUAGAUUUUCAACAAGGUGGAAAUUCUCGUAUUCUCUAUGUACAUGUUCCUGUGGCUCGGAUGAGUAUUCUUGUUUAUAUCGUUACGGCUAUAAACACUUUCUUGUUCCUAUUAACAAAACAUCCUCUUUUUCUUCGCUCUUCCGGAACCGGUACAGAAAUGGGUGCUUUUUCUACACUGUUUACUUUAGUUACUGGGGGGUUUCGGGGAAGACCCAUGUGGGGCACCUUUUGGGUGUGGGAUGCUCGUUUAACUUCUGUAUUCAUCUCGUUCCUUAUUUACUUGGGUGCGCUGUGUUUUCAAAAGCUUCCUGUAGAACCGGCUCCUAUUUCAAUCCGUGCUGGACCGAUCGAUAUACCAAUAAUCAAGUUUCCAGUCAACUGGUGGAAUACAUCGCAUCAACCUGGGAGCAUUAGCCGAUCUGGUACAUCAAUACAUGUUCCUAUGCUCAUUCCAAUCUUGUCUAACUUUGCUAACUUCCUCUUCUCAACCCGUAUCUUCUUUGUUCUGGAAAUACGUCUUCCUAUUCCAUCUUUUCUCGAAUCUCCUUUAACGGAAGAAAUAGAAGCUCGAGAAGGAAUACUAAAACCUAGUUCACUCGCUGAGUCUUUUUGCAUCCAUGGCCGAAUGCUUAAAGCGCGAAACCUAUAA